AGGGGAGAAGGUGAUGUCGGACGACGAGUUCACGCAGGAUCUUUUCCGGCUGCUGCAGCUGCUGUGCGAGGGGCACAACAACGAUUUCCAGAACUACCUGCGCACCCCAGACGGGGAACACGACCACCAUCAACAUCAUCAUCUGCACCGUGGACUACCUGCUGCGCCUGCAGGAGUCCAUCAGCGACUUCUACUGGUACUACUCGGGCAAGGACGUGAUCGACGAGCAGGGGGAAGCGCAACUUCUCCAAGGCCAUGGCCGUGGCCAAGCAGGUCUUCAACAGCCUCACCGAGUACAUCCAGGGCCCCUGCACGGGGAACCAGCAGAGCCUGGCCCACAGCCGCCUCUGGGACGCCGUCGUCGGCUUCCUCCACGUCUUCGCCCACAUGAUGAAGAAGCUGGCCCAGGACUCCAGCCAGAUCGGGCUGCUGAAGGAGCUGCUGGACCUGCAGAAGGACAUGGUGGUGAUGCUGCUGUCCCUGCUGGAAGGCAACGUGGUGAACGGGACCAUCGCCCGCAGAUGGUGGACAUGCUGGUGGAGUCCUCCAGCAACGUCACCAUGAUCCUCAAGUUCUUCGACAUGUUCCUGAAGCUGCGGGACAUCGUGGCCUCGGACGCCUUCCGCGACUACGUCUCGGACCCGCGCGGCCUCAUCUCCAAGAAGGACUUCCAGAAGGCGAUGGACAGCCAGAAGCAG